CCGGAGCGGGAUGGGCGACUGGAAAGGCUACAUUAGUGCGGUGCUGAGGGAUCAGCGCAUCGACGACGUGGCUAUCGUGGGCCACGCAGACAAUCGCUGCGUGUGGGCAUCACGGCCCGGGGGCCUACUGGCGGCCAUCUCACCGCAGGAGGUGGGCGUGCUCACUGGGACAGACCGGCGCACCUUCCUGCAGUCGGGCCUGAGCGUGGCGGGCCGCCGGUGCUGCAUCAUCCGUGACUACCUGCUGGCGGACGGCGACGGCGUGCUGGACGCGCGCACCAAGGGGCUGGAUGGGCGGGCCGUAUGCGUGGGCCACUCGCCACGUGCGCUCCUUGUGCUCAUGGGCCGACGCGGCGUGCACGGGGGCAUCCUCAAUAAGACCGUGCACGAGCUGAUCCGCGGGCUUCGCACACAGGGCACCUAG